UAUCAGCAUUUAUAUCAACUUUUUACGUAAUUGCAGUGCGCAGUGUUGUAUUAAGUUUAACACACUACCAAAAUGAACGAAGACCCAGAUCUGUACUCAAAAAACUGCCAAAUGCAAAAAUUUGACGCCACGCAUUUCCUCAAAACUUAUUUGAACCAGUUGAACCUGAAAAACGGCGCUUCAAUUCUGGACGUGGGUGCCGGCGACGGCACGAUCACCCUCGACGUGAUAAUCCCUCACUUACCACCCUUCGCUAAACUCGUGGUUUCCGAUAAAUCCGAAAAAAUGGUAAACUUCGCCAGGAGGAGAUUCAACGACCAACGAAUCGAAGUCGUCAGGAUGGACAUCUCGGACAACGACGACGAAGUUUUCAAAAAUCGCUUCGAUCACGUUUUGUCGUUUUAUUGUUUGAAUUACGUGCCGGAAGAGAGAAGUCCACAAGCUAUGCGAAACAUUUUCUCAAUGUUAAAGCCUGGAGGAAAUUUGUUUGCCACUUUCAUCGUUGAUUCACCUCUGUUUGAAACUUGCGACAACAUGAUCAAGAAGCAAAAGUGGCCCCCGGCUAUGGUACCUUUCAAAAAAAAUGCGUACCGAGGUGUGGACAAACCUGAAGCGAAGCUGAGAUUUUUUUUGGAGCAAGCUGGUUUUGAGGUUCAAGUUUGCGUGUACGAGGAAAGAACUUAUACUUUCGAUGGGUUUAAGCAAUUUCUGGAUUUUGCCUUGGCGAUAGUACCUGUUUUGAACGUGGCUUCACAAAAUAAACAAGUGGAAUUUAUUGAAGAUUUUACAGAAGAAGUGAAGAAGGCUGAUAAAUUUGCUACGAAGGGUGAAAAAGUUAUCAUGUUUUACAGCGUCCUGGUGGCUUGUGCAUCAAGAGCUAUUUAACCCACGUCGAAAAAUUCAUGUUUUUGUAGUCGUUCAGAUUAGUAUUACUUAAUUUAAGAGUUAUUUUUGUCAAAAGAUAUUCUAAUCACCAAGGUCAGAUUAAACCCAUUAUGCAGUUUAAAGCAAUUACGUAUGUGUCUUAUCAGUAUUUGUACAGUUAUCAUUUUUUAAUAAAAUCGCAAACACUC